UCUCAACUAGGUCAAAAUUCAAAAGGCUCUUAAAUUUACAUUUGUACAACAACAAGUGUGAUAGGUACAUGAUCAUUUAAAAGGUAUUUAGAAUGACAACAUGCAUGGACAAUCAAUGAUUUUAAUUUCAGACUUGGUAGCACCCUGCCUAUUCUGUAGGCCUCAUUAACCCAAGUUUUUGAUCAUUUGAAAUUUUAACUGGGUGUUCAUUAUAAUUCAUUUAUUAUCAAUUUAUCAUACUCUUAUCAGUUGUUUUAUGAGAAAGCAAAAUCACAAGCAUCUAUGCAAAGCAGCUGUCAAAGAAAUUCUGUGUUGACUUCCACAUCCUCCCUGUGGGAAGUGCAUUUUCUGAUCCUGCCAUGCAACUGCUGAAGCCUUCCUGGAUAAACCAUGAUGAUGGUAAAGCAAUCUUCAGUGUUGACAUCCAUCCUGAUGGCACCAGAUUUGCUACAGGAGGUCAAGGUCAGGGACAAGAUGCAUCAGGUCGUGUGGUCAUAUGGAAUAUGAAGCCAGUGCUCUCUGAAAAAUAUGAGAAAGAUCCCAAUUGUCCCAAGCUGCUCUGCCAGUUGGACCAACACUUGGGGUGUGUUAAUUGUGUUCGCUGGUCUCAUUCUGGCCACUUCCUUGCCUCGGCUGGUGAUGACAAAGUCAUUAUUAUAUGGCAGCUCAGCAACUAUGGAGGUGGCUCAGUCUUUGGAUCAAAUGUGAUAAACAUUGAAUGGUGGCGCUGUGUCUCCACUCUUAGAGGACAUGAUGGUGACAUACUUGAUGUUGCGUGGGCGCCCCGUGACGCUUUUCUAGCAUCUGUCUCCGUUGACAACACCAUCAUUAUCUGGAAUUGUGAAAAAUGGCCAGAGCGCGUGCGUGUGCUGCGAGGUCACCGCGGCCUGGUGAAGGGCGUGACAUGGGAUCCUGUAGGCCGCUACCUCGCCUCCCAGGCUGAUGAUAAAACUCUUGUUGUGUGGCGCACGUCUGACUGGACGCAAGAAACUGUCAUCUCCAAGCCUUUUGAAGAGUGCGGAGGUACGACGAGCGUAUUACGACUGAGUUGGUCCCCGGACGGUCAGUAUCUUGUGUCGGCGCACGCCAUGAACAACGGCGGCCCAACUGCACAAAUUAUUGACCGAGAUCACUGGACCACUGACAAGGACUUUGUUGGCCACCGCAAGCCUGUCACGUGUGUUCGCUUCAAUCCAAACAUUCUGAAGAAGAGCGACAGUGCUGGCGGCAAGCCGGUGCAGUACUGCUGCCUGGCUGUGGGGGCGCGCGAUCGUUCUCUCUCCAUUUGGUUCACGUCUCUCAAACGUCCGCUGCUCGUCAUACAUGAUGUCUUCGAGGACUCGGUGUUAGAUUUGUCAUUCAGUGCAUGUGGACGACAUCUGGUGGCUGUCUCCAAAGACGGCACUGUUGCUGUCAUCAGCUUCACGUCUCAAGAAAUGGGACAUGCACUGUCUAAAGAGGAAACUGACUCGGUGUACAUGAAGCUAUACGGGCAAUGCAGCAGCGGUUCAGCUCUACAAGCAGCCACUGCCGUCAUAAUCGACAACCCAGAAGUGUUACGAGCUAAGCAGCUCGCCAAGAGCCGGCAGUCAGAGGCAGGCUUAGGGUCUGCUGUGUUACCUACGAGCAGCUUCCCUGCUGCCGCUGUACAGAAAGGUCCUGAUAAACAGAUAGAGAGACGCACGGUUGAUGGCAGACGCCGCAUCACUCCUGUGUUCAUCCCGCCUUCUGCUGACGGCUCCAACAUGAAGAGUUUCGACAGUUUCUCCACAAGUAGGACAGACAAAAGCACAAUAGUGAUUGAGAAGUUGGAUGGCGUCGUGGAGCCUAACGUGACGCCCCAUAAGAAGCGCACCCAGUCUGGCAGUGCCAGCAAUACCAACAGCAGCCCUCCCAAGGGCACCAUGCCCGCGGUAGUGAGCGCAGGCUUGGGCAGCGCUACUGCUGGUGUCGCUGACUUACCUACGGCACCUCCUGAGCUCAACGGCGUCAAUCCAGGAUUAACAGCACGACUUGAGCGGCUGGACAACGCAGGGGCAGUGGGUGAUCAAUCACCAAGUUUGCCGGUCAAACGCAAGUUGGACGAGCCUCAACCCAUCCCCAUGAAGCGUAAAAGAGGGCGGCCUCCUUUGGACCGCUCCUUGCAGCAUCCGCAACAACACAGUACCCCCUCCAUGGCUACCCCUGCAUCAGUUCCAGUCGCAGUGGCAGUUCCUGCUGCAGCUUCCCAUCCUGCUGCUGUCGUCGCGUCGUCAACAACAUUGCCCACUGCUGCUGCUGCUCCUUCUUUCUCUGCCGCCGCUUCUGUUACGCAUGUCUUACCAGAGGCAAACCUCGGCAAUGUUCAUAAAAUACAGGUGGACAGCAAACUCGGCGGUGGCGUUGUGCUGAUCGAGAACAACUGGACGAGCUUGAGUGGCGGCGGCAGCAACGCCGUGCAUCGCAUCAGUCGCGUGUGUGACGGUGUCGUGCAGUGGACGAGCUACUCCACGGCGCGCGUUACUGCCGCGGCCGUCGGAUGCCGUUGCGUCGCUCUCGCUUGUGCCGACUCCAGCCUUCAGCUUCUGUGCCUCAGAACAGGUGACGAAUUCAUGCCGAGCGUGCAGAUGCCUGGCAAGUGCGCCAAGUUGCAUCUACGGAAAGAGUAUCUGCUGCUCCUCACCACGUCCGCUCAAGUCUCUCUCUGGCACACCACACGCAGAACAUGUCUCCUAACUGAGAGUGUUCGUCACCUCGUCGAGGGUCGCGAAGGAACGGAUGGGGCCCGCAGCAUUCACCUGGUGGAAACAGAGCAACUUCCUCCCUCUGAAUCUAAAAAAUCCGCCCCUGCUGCUGUCGACUCUCCAAACGACAGUACAGCGCGUUCUGCUGUGUGCAACGGAUACUCCCAUGACACUAUUUCAAACCACACUAGUAAACAGAGCCUCCACAAUGGCAUUGACGGUCAUACGCAUAAAGAUACAAAUCAUUCGCUGCCAACGAAAAGUACAGCGGUUUCAAAUAAAUUUGCCGAGUCCAGUGCAGACGAUAACAAGGAACGUCUCAUCCCGGUGCUCGUUUUUGGUACGGGAGAAAUUUUCGCCCGUUGCUGGUCACUGGAAUCGUGGCUGCAGCUCGGAACAACUCCCGCAAUGCGCCGCCUCGUGUUGCCCUGCUACAGCUGCCUUCCCCCUUCAUCAGAUCAUCACGCACAGCCUCCACUCGCCAGGCUUCUGUAUCACUCAACUGCUUAUGUGGGCAGCAGUCGAUCUCUGGUAGAGAACACCAGUGGCGAAGUGCGGGCAGUUUUAACCGAGGUGUUUUUGAAAAAAAUGCUCACAUCGUCGGCAUACCUGGCGUCAUCUCGUGACUAUCAGUUUUGGUACAGGAGACUCGUCAAUUUCUAUAUUAGAGAAGGCAAAGAGCGAGAGUUGAGAAAGGUGUUCGAAGAGCUCGCGGCGCCGCCCCCAGCCUCGUGCAAGGAGCCAGUGACGACUGUCCUCCCGUCACACAGAUCACUCUUGGGAUCUGACACGGUCUCGCUGGUGAGAGACUAUCUUCAGGAGCUCCUGCUUGUCGAUACAACGGGUCGCCUGCAGCGCCUCUACGCGGAGUUCAAGGAGCUCGUCGACCCCUCCCUCACGGCUGCUGACAUCAUGAUAUGAAGUGCCGGUCUCGCGCCAUUCUUAAUCUACUGCGGGCAUUUGACACUACUACUUUUAUCACACUUAUGACAUCUUAACUCAACAAUAAGCCAAGAGUUGCUCAAGAUUUCUCAUCUUUUUGUAUUAGAUGAUGCCUUGCCUCUUCAAAAAGGUACUCACGUUUCUUUUAGAUUUAACCGAAAUGUUACAAAUCUCAAAUAGCGUUUCGCGCUAAAUAGGUUGUGAUAAACCGGUGCAUAUAUUUAUGAGUGGUUUGAUCUCGUUUUAUUUGUUCGUUGUAGUGAGAAAGUUUUCGAAAUGACAUCACUGUGACCACAAGCCACGUCUUCCAAAUGCUGGAAGCGUCUGUACCACUCUUUGCUUCAUUCUUGUUAUCGCUAAUUUGCUUCGCCAACGCUUGUUAAGUCCCUGAUGGAAAACAGGUGGCUGCUUAUUUUUCUUCGCUAAAAUAAUCAGACUUGAGCCGAGCUAGUUUGGCCCCUCACUGAUGUCGAGUGCGGCAGCAAUGAGAGAGUUCUCCCUGUGGUGCUACCAUGCCUUUGAAGUGACCAUGUAUGGUAGCUUAUCUCCUCACAUCCCACCACGUCCUUCAGGUUGUCUUAGCAUGCCUUUACCACUAAUCACCAAUCAUCUAAUCAUUGUUCCACGCAUAAAAUUGCCCCUAAAACUCAACAACGAAAAUAGGGACUUUUAAAUAAGUUGGGCUCAGACAUCAAAUUUAUUUUAUGAUAUUGAAACAUGUUAACUUUAUGUUGUGUUUCUUUAUAAUUACGUACAGAAUACCACAUAUUCGUCUUGUCACUUGAAUGAACCGAAAUGACGAGUGUAAUUAGUAUAGCGCAACCACUGCCAAAGUAGUUUUAGCUCUUAGAAGUGGAAUGGAUGGAAAGAUUUGCUGUUUACGAGACAAAUAUUAGUUGAAUGCCCAGUAGAUCAUCGGCGGUCGAAACGUGUACAUGCUUUUGCAGUUCAUUCUCAAGCGUGCGGAUACUCUGAUGUUAAUCCAGGUCUCACUGCCUACACAUUAAGAUUAUGUUAGAUUGUGAAAAUGUCGAGGUAAUUUAAGAUCCCAUUGCUUUUAAUAGUAGAAAUGUACAUCCUUCCAGUCUCACUGCCGGUAUCUAUAAUCUUCAAUGAAGAAUGCUCAAUCUUUCGAGUUUUUUCGAAUUUCUGUCUACUAUGAAAUUCUUAUAUUGGCCUAUUUUUAUUAAAAAUGCAAAAGAAAUUCGAAAAUUUUAUGCCGUGUGUGAAAUAUGUUUUCGUCAAUCUACGAUAUGUAUAUAUAAUUUGGUCGAAAAUACGGGAUACAAUCAUUUUUUUUUUUCAGAUGAAGCUUUUGCGAUGCUCUCUUUUUUUUCUAGACGUAUCUAUUCUCGAUUAGCUUUUGCAUACUCCAAAAACGUAAAUGAAGUAAUGUUAAUAAAAAGAAGUAUUCCUAA